GAGGAGCAGGAUCGCCUUGAGCAGGAACACCAGCAACGAGAAGCGGAGCAGCGCCGCAAGGCGCACACGGCGCAGAAGGAAGCAGAGCAGAAGCUCAAGAGAGAGGAGGAGCAGCGCCAGAAGCGUGAAGCUGAGAAGCGCAAACAGGAGGAGGAAGAGGCGAAAGCUGAAAAAGAGCGGCUUCGUGAGGAGGAAGAAGCGGCUAUCCGCAAGCAGGAGGAC